CUCCCACUGGAGAAGUCUCAGUUGAAUAUAUGUAUAUGAUAUGAUGUGUAUAUAAAUAAGCCCCUUGUUUGGGCACCUUUUCAUAUUGUUGGUUGUUUCUUGUCAAAUUAAUUCAACAUGGCCGCCAAUAAUAUUUGCAUCCUGAAAAUCACAUCCACCAUUUUCGCCAUUCUAAUCCUCUCCUCAAAUUUCAUGAUCACCCCGAUUAAGUCGCUAGAAUUCUCGAGAGAAGUGUCCAUGGAAGAAAUGGGCCUGAAAACAGAGAAGCUCAGCCACCUCCACUUCUACUUCCACGACAUUGUCAGGGGUCGAUACCCAACCGCCUUCCGAGUGGCGGAAUCCGCCAUCACCAACUCCUCCGCCACAAGAUUCGGCUUUGUGGAGAUUAUCGACGACGCUCUGACUCUGGGCCCGAAUAUAAGCUCCAAAAUUGUGGGAAGAGCGCAGGGGAUGUACGCCUCGGCGGAUUUGAACAACUUGGGGCUUCUGAUGGUGUUGAACUAUGUGUUUACUGAGGGGAAGUUCAACGGUAGCACUCUCAGUAUAUUGGGGCGGAACGCGGUGUACUCCGAUGUGAGGGAGAUGCCCAUCGUCGGGGGCAGUGGCGUUUUCCGAUUCGCUCGAGGGUAUGCUCGGGCGAGUUCUCACGAGAACAAUAUGCAGAAGAAUGGUGGUGCUGUUGUUGAGUACAAUGUCUAUGUCUUCCAUUAUUGAUGGAUUAAUUCUGAGUACUAAUUUUCUCAACUUGGAUGCUAUUUUAAUUUGUUUCAUAAAUGGGGCAUCAUCAUUUGUUUUCUUUAAUUAUAAAAUAGUCUGGUUAAUGCUCACAUAAA